AUGGGUUUUAUCAUAAACAUGCUGCUAUUGUCGAUAUUAUUGUCUAAAGACGCGUUAUCGUACACGAAAGUAACCAACGAUUAUGAUUUGUAUGGAAUUAAAAUAGGUCUCAACGAUCUAUUCGAAAUCUCCGCCGACAAUCUUUACUUAGAUUGGUAUAUCAUCUCAUUCACGCCCGAUGACCCGAUUAUUUGCAUCAUUUAUUAUAAUUCGACAACUUGUGAUUUUGUCUACAGUGUCACUGUUCCGAUUAUCAAUAGCGCAUCAUUCGUCUACAAUUGUAUUGAUCAAAACGGAAAUAAUGUUAUUGGCUACUUCGCUGCUAAUACGACAUGUAAUUUUCAGUUAAUCAAUGAACAAAUCAUUUCAAACUACUCGACACAGGAUAAUUUUAUCGUUACUAUCGAUGGAAAUGGUACUGGUGUUUAUGGAUUUGCUGACGAUUUCAUAUUUUUCUACAAUUUACAAUCGCCAUAUUCGUUGACAGUGUGGCCAAAUACUCUGAAUAUUUCACCUCGAGCAGUCGAUAUUGGUUCCAGUGUUGAAUAUGCUAUUCUAGUCGGAUAUUGUCAAUCAAACCCUUCAUCAGCAGUUCAAUGUGGUUUUAUUUUAACUUUGAAUAGAUCGCUUCUGUGUCCAAAUAUAAGGAACAAUAUUUUAUUAGAAACUGCUUUGAAAUUUAACUGGUCCGAUCCACGUAAUACUUAUCAUCUUACACAAAGUCGCGUUUACUCUGCAAAUGAAAUUAUAUCGGUGAGCAUUACUUGGCGUACUCGAUAUAUAUUAAUUGGUGUUCCAUCACUGAAUAUUGUUCUAUUGUAUUCAUUUGACAAUAUAUCGGGACCCAUAAGCGUUCGUCAAAAUGGAAUUGGAAUGAGUGGAUUCGGAAAGAGUGUCGCAUGGUUGGAUGAUCAAGGCACAAAGGCAGUCAUUCUUGCCAAUAAUUAUUUGUAUUCGACUAAUCAGUGGGUAUCAUCACAAGUAUUUAUCUAUGAUAUUCAAUCUGACGGAUUUACAGAUGAAACACAACCGAUUCUCAUCUAUCCGAAUAGUGAACAAACUAAAUUUCAAUGGAUGAGUGCUGUGUUCAUUCGACUUGCAUGUUCAAAGUCUGGUCAUUUAAGUAUUUUGGAUAAUUUGGGAAAUGAAGCUACUCUACUUUCUGCACCCGCAGGCAUGUAUCCAUAUACGAAGAAUAGUACUGAGGUGUCAACCUCUAUACCUUGCAUUCGUGGUACUUAUCGAAAUUAUUCUGGAAUCGAAUUAUGUUUUCCAUGUCUGAAUGGGACCUUCUCAACUGAUUGUCAACCAUGCAUAUCAAAUGAUUCAUUCUGUCCAAUCGGAAGUAUUCAAAAUCUUUCUUAUUCUGUAAUUAAAUCAAUCGAACAAGAUCAAGAAUAUCCGGAAUCUCCUGAAAAUACAGUUUUUGAUGAUUUACUUAUGCAGAAUAUAUUUAGUAUAAAUACAAAAUCGGGUCAUUGUGUGCGCGUUUCCCCUAUAACAUGGGUUCUCGUUGUUAUGGCAACGGGAGUCAUAGUGAUCAUUGCGAUCGUUAUUUACGAAUAUCAUGAGUCGAAUUCACAGGGAAAAGUAAACAAAUUCAAGAAAAUAUUAAAAGGAUUAGAUAUCGUUGGUGAAGGAGAGUAUUGGAUCGGUGGGAUUGUUUCAACUGGUAUUGUUGUCCUGGUUAUUUCCGCCUCACACGAAAUUUCCGUUCAGCUCGUUCUUCCGGGAUUAAAAACAGUCGGUGCAAUUCGUCUUGGAUUAUAUGGACCAGCAGCGGUUACUGAUGAUCGAAGAACUAUUUGGUUUAAUGUUUCUCAUCAUGAAAUUAUUGAUUAUUCCGUUGUCACGAUUGAUCAUUCGUCGCGUGAAAAAAUAUUUUGCAUCGAAACUAAUCCACCCUAA